AUGGCGCCUCCAGCAUCAGAGGCGGACAGCUUUCUUCUCCUCGCCGCAUCAUUGCUCGAGUCUCUUCCUUCCUCCUCGGCAGUACCUGAUACUCUUCUGAUGCAGCUGCACGCGGUAUUCGGGCCGAUGCUCCUAUCAGCUUUACAGUUGAUUGAUCGACGGGAAGUCGUUCUGGUCAGCCUCCCUGGAGGACGGACAAUCUAUCAGGUCACUUCCUCCACUGGCCAGCCCUACAACCUCCACACAUCUCUCCCACCCCUCAUGCCUCCUCUCAUCGAUCAAAAACGCCCCGAGCCCGAAGUAGCCCGAUCCCCAUCCCCCACGCCAGCACCUUCCGACCCCUUCGACGCAACCUCAGCACCGGCCUUACCCGUCCGCCAAGUCAUACCCCCGGAAACCAUCACCGAGGCAGAUGAAGCACACCAAGCUCUGCUUCGAGUACACAAGGCGAAGCGAGCGCGCCGGAUGAGGCUGCUGGCGAAGAGCAUGGGUAGGAUGUACUGUCCCUGCGCUGGGUUCCUGUUCAACUCAAUCGGCGGAGAGCGGAACUUCCUCUGUAAACACCUUCUGGCUGUGCUCAUCGCUCAUCAUACGGAGAAGAUGGUGAGGACCGAAGUGUACCUGCCCGGGUUGGUGGAACUGUUGGGGCUGGGGAAGAAGGCGGGUGUGGGCUCAUCAGGUGGAGCGGGGCUAGUAGCAGCGUGA